UGACUCGAAGCCGCCACAAAGCGCGAGCGGAGUUGGCGAGAGGGGGCUCCGCGGGAGGCAUCCCAAAGCCGCGCCUGGAGGAGAAACACCCGGGAAGGGAAGAAGGAGGGAAAGGGGACAGGUUGCCUUCUUGGAGGAAGCGCAGCAGCAGCAGCCACCUUGCGCGCCUGGUCCGCCUUCCCUCCCCGCCCCCUUUCGCCCAUCUCUUCGGUGCCCAUCUGUCUGGCAAAAAGGCAAAGAGGGAGCAACACGUUGCUGGCAAGCUGCCUUGCCUGCUUUCUCCCUUUCUCCCGCCCUCAAGUUGCUGCCGGGCACUGGGAGCAACUUUGAAGACCUCCCUCGAGCAGGGAGAAACACAACAGGAGGGGCUUGUCAUUCAGUCCUUCCAGGCUGUGCUUUGGGGUUGUGUUUGUGAGGAGAAAUCAUAAGAACAGGACAGGUUUUGCGCGCCUUGCCUCGACCCGCUUUCUCUCUCUCGAUGGAGCAGCGUUGCUUCGCCCGACGGAGCGUUGCCUGCCACAAAGCCACCGGCUGAGGGAGAGAUGCUGGCCAGGAUGCCAAGUGGGCGACCCCAAGGCCUCAGGGGGCGAGUGUGGGCUCGCCCAGCCCCGCCAGUGCCUCUCGCUGCCUUCCUGGAUCUAACUUCCCAAGGUCUUCUCCUGAGAGGCUGCCUUGCCUUCAGGACCCAAGGGGAAACCGUUUCCCGUCAUCGGAUAACGAAGCCCUUCUUUGCCUUUCUAUGAACAUGAGCUUGGAUUUGGUUUUGCUCCCUUUCUGGACUCCUGGAAGCCUGGCCUCUGUGAAGGAUGUGACUGGAACCUGCAACCUCUUGUGGAAAUAAAAGACAUUAUUUAUUCAUCACCCAAGUCGCCUUUCUCUUUGCUCCAGCCUUAGGGGAGAUGUUUGGCCCUGGCAACCUCAUCAGCUGCAAAUAAAAGGGCAUCCUUACUCUGUACCUGGCAACCUCAUCUGCUGCAAAUUUUGUUUUCAUGUCAGGAGCAACUUGAGAAACUACAAGUCACUUCUGGAAUGAGAGAAUUGGCUGUCUGCAAGGAGACGCCUGGAUGUUUUGAUGUUUUCCCAUCCUUGUGGGAGGCCUCUCUCAUGUCCCCGCAUAGGGAGCUGGAGCUGACAGAGGGAGCUCAUCCAUGCUCACUCUGGAUUUGAAUCUUCAACCUGUUGGUCUUCAGUCCUGCCGGCACCACCGGGGGCUCUGCUGCAAAUAAAAGGGCAUCAGCACAGAGCUGUACUCCAAAACAUGCAUCCCAUCAAGGCACUCUUUGGCUUGGCAUGGCUUCUAGGCAGGCUUUCUGCCCUAGCAGCUCUGCCCCAGGCACCCUCCAGAGGAGAUGGCCCUCCUGUUGGCAGAAAGGGCAAGGAGUGUGGAGCAUGGUGCCGGGCCUCUCUGCCACCCCUGCGGAAAGAAGCAAAUGGGCAAGAAGUUGUCUGGGCUGCGGAAAGCAUGGCUCAAACUUCCGCUCAGAGCAGACAAUCUAAAGGCUCUACAGCUCCAACUCCACAGGACUGGACUUCUUCGAACAAUGCCAAGGAUUGGAGUAUCAAUGGAGAAGCCGUGCCACAGUCUGUUGUCCCCUUGGGAAAACAUAGACAGAAGCAUGUCAACAAAGACACUAUUAUAGCCUUGGAAACUGCGAGAGACUUUGAUCUCCUGCAGGAGACAGAAAGUAGGUGGCAUAGUACAGGGAUUAGUUCCAAGAGACAUGCUAGACUUAAGCGAGGUGCCACUGAGCUCCAGGACCAAGGACGAGCAGGGAAAGCCAAGGCUUUCAAGAAUGUCUACCCCGCAAUAAAUGUUUAUAACUUCACAGACAACCAAAGUACCCAUGAGGUAGAGAGUGAUCUCCCUCAGGCGCUGGCCUUGAAUGGCUCCACAGUUGGUGCUGUGGAGAGAGAUGCUGGUGCCCUACGCAAUGGGACACUCCGCCCAGGUCGGGUCAAGAAUCCCUUCUACCCCUUGACGGAGGAGUCGUAUGGUGCCUAUGCGGUCAUGUGCCUCUCGAUAGUGAUCUUUGGCAUUGGGAUCAUGGGCAAUAUGGCUGUGAUGUGCAUAGUGUGCCACAACUACUACAUGAGGAGCAUCUCCAACUCCCUGCUGGCCAACCUAGCCUUUUGGGAUUUCCUCAUCAUUUUCUUCUGCUUGCCACUGGUGAUCUUUCAAGAACUCACCAAAAAGUGGCUGCUGGAUGAUUUUUCUUGCAAAAUUGUACCAUACAUUGAGGUUGCAUCACUUGGCGUGACCACCUUUACACUGUGUGCCCUCUGCAUAGACCGCUUCCGUGCUGCCACUAAUGUGCAGAUGUACUACGAGAUGAUUGAAAACUGUGCAUCCACAACUGCCAAGCUGGCUGUGAUAUGGGUUGGAGCUCUACUGUUGGCACUGCCUGAGGUGGUUCUACGCCAGUUGACGAAAGAAGACUCUGACAUCAGUGGGAGCCCUCCUGUAGAACGGUGUGUGGUAAAGAUCUCUCCACAUUUACCUGACACAAUCUACGUCUUGGCCCUUACCUAUGAUGGCGCAAGGCUCUGGUGGUACUUUGGCUGUUACUUUUGCUUGCCUACCCUUUUUACCAUUACUUGCUCUUUGGUGACUGCAAGGAAAAUCCGAAAAGUGGAGAAGGCCUGUACAAGAGGAAACAAGCGACAAAUUCAGCUGGAGAGCCAGAUGAACUGUACUGUUGUGGCUUUGACCAUUUUAUAUGGCUUUUGCAUCAUUCCUGAAAACAUUUGCAAUAUUGUCACUGCCUACAUGUCCACAGGGGUGUCGCAGCAGACUAUGGACCUCCUGCACCUCAUUAGUCAGUUUCUGUUAUUCUUCAAAUCAUGUGUGACUCCAGUUCUCCUUUUCUGUCUUUGUAAACCAUUCAGUCGGGCCUUUUUGGAGUGUUGUUGUUGCUGCUGUGAUGAAUGCAUUCAGAAGUCUUCAACAGUAACAAGUGAUGACAAUGACAAUGAGUACACUACAGAGCUUGAACUCUCCCCUUUCAGUACUAUACGUCGGGAAAUGUCCACCUUUGCCUCUGUUGGGACACACUGUUAGUUCUAGUCAGAAUAAAGGUCCACCGAAUGAGUCAGGGUUUAUACCCUCCUCUGUUGACUUCAGUCGCAUUCUGGAGUUUGGUAUUUGAUCUUAUUUCCAUUUUUUAUUGAAAAAAGAAAAUCAACUGAAAUUCUGUAAGAUUUUCUGUCAACUGAUGUGCAUAUUAACAUAUCCACUUUUGAGAAGUAAUUUUUGAGAAGUGACUGAAAAAAAUACAUUUUCAACAUAGUUUUAAAUAAGUAUAUUUCUGGUGCUAGCAUUUUAUGUAUUAAGCAAAGACAGAAGUCUCUGCCUUCUCUAUUAUUAAAUUCAUUUAGGAUGGAUUUUUCUUUGAAAGUUUUAAAAUAAUUGUUGCACAUAGUUUACAUUGGUAAUGAUCCAGCUUGCAGUAAACAUAGUCCCUAAAUGCAGUUAUCUGAAAGCAAGCUCCAUUGAACUUGGAGUUAUGGGACUUGUCUAAUGGUUGUUCUGAAUGGAAGUUUGUUCUUUUGAUGGGGUACUCAACAAAUACUAAUGACUCAUUGAUUUCAAUGAAAGAUAGGGAAGUACAUGUUUAAAUCUCCUGUUAAAAUCAAUGGGACUAUAAAUUGUUUAAUGUAGGCUGAAUCAUUCUCAGUAUUUUCUCCUCCCCUCCCCCAAAUAAUUUAUGAAAAUGUGUUAUUCAAAGAAUCUGAGCAGAGAUUUAAGCCCACUUUAAGUAAAUUAAAAUGGAAUUAUCUAGGGCUUUACAAUAAAUAACUAAUAAAUAAAUAACUAGCAUAAAUUAAAUGUGUUUUUAUUAUUGGGCCUGCAUUUUUGAUAAGCCUAUCAGCAGUUACAUCAAAAAAUAUGAGAACAUUUCCACAACAAGGAAAACAGUUCUUUCUCCCCUUUACACGGUCUAAUUACAAAAUGAUUAAUAUUGAAAUAGUCAUAGUAAAAAACAAUCCUUGGAGCUAUAGCUUUAUAAUGAGUUGUUGCAGAAUUAAAAGCAUUAUGUUCCAUGGGUGCACUUCAUGUGCAUAAGGCCAUCAGGUUGAUGUCUCAUCCCCAGAUGACAUACAACAGAGAACAAUUUGAGCACAAAUAUAAGCUAUGUAUUUGUAUGGCUGCCUGAUUGAUUUUAAGCAUGAAAUGCUCUGCGAUUGUGAGGAGCAAGAUAGUAGCUGCACUGAAUUGG